CUUCAACAUUGCACAUCUUACAGUCCUCACUCCAUUACCCAUAACCACAACCGUGUUGACAACCAUGCAGGCCGUUGUCUUCAAAGGUCCUCUCGAGGUUACUCUCGAGCAGCGUCCCGUUCCUCAGAUCCGGGAUCCCACCGACGUGAUCGUCAAAGUACGCUACACUGCACUAUGUGGGAGUGAACUACACGUCUUCCGCGGCCACCAGCCCUCCACAACCGGCUUCAUCAUGGGCCACGAGUUCACGGGAGAAAUCGUCGAAUCCGGCUCAGAAGUCCACAAUUUCCAUACUGGCGACCUAGUCGUCUCGCCAUUUACUGUGAGCUGCGGGGAAUGCUUCUACUGCGUGCGGGGUUGUUCCUCUCGCUGCGCCAAAAGCCAACUUUACGGCUCUGCGGUCUUGGAUGGCGGACAGGCAGAUUAUGUCCGUGUCCCGUUGGCGGACUCGACGCUGGUCGCUGCGCCGAAGCAAAUUGAUGAGAAGAAGCUUGUGCUGAUGGCGGAUAUCUUUCCGACGGGUUAUUUUGCCACUAACAAUGCAUUUAAGGGGAUGGAUGAAGCUACGGUGCAGGAGACUACAGUGAUUCUGUUCGGGUGUGGACCGGUGGGGAUCUGUGCGUUGAUCAGUGCACUGGAAUACCGACCGAGGCAUCUUAUUGCCGUGGAUAGUGUUCCCGAUCGGUUGGAAUUGGCGGGACGGUUAGGGGCCGAGCCGUGGAAUUUCCAAACGCAGGCAGAUGGGCUUAGAGAGAGGGUCAAGGAGUUGACGGAGGGCAGAGGAGCUGAUGUGGCGAUUGAGGUGGUGGGACAUAGUAGUGCGCUGGCUAUGGCGUUUGAGAUGUUACGGCCUUGGGGACGGAUCUCGAGUGUGGGAGUGCAUAAUGGCGAGAUUCCGUGGACGGGCAAUCAGGCCUACGGGAAGAAUCUUCAGAUUCAGAUGGGACGAUGCCCGGUUCGGAGCACCUUUGAAGAUGCGUUGAAGCUGCUGGUUCAGAAGCAGGAUACUCUUGAUUUCAUGGUUACCGACGUGCGGCCACUAUCGGAGGCUGUCGGAGCAUACGACGAUUUCAACCAUAUGCGAUCGCAGAAGAUUAUCUUCGAGGGCGGAAAGUGA